CGCACAAUUUUUAACCACGAUGCUUGGCACUAAGACUGAAAUUACGAACCAUUUUAAAGCCAUGAAACAUUCUAGACUAAUUAACAUUGGUGCCGAUAUCAAAUACGUUUAGUUAAUGCUCCCGGAACGGUAUCAGUAAUAACCGGUCUUCUAAGAACCACCAAUCCGAACGAUAACUGGUUUCCCCCACCAUCUAACCGGCUAAUGAGUGCGACAUAUUUGGGUUCGAUUUGCGUAUAUAAUGGUCGACAGCGUGAGUCGUGUUCUUUACCAUACGAAUUUUGAGUGCCCAUCAGACACAAUCCAGCAACACAAUGGCACGUACCAAACAAACAGUGCGCAAAAGGAUCGGUGCAAAGGCGCCCAGACAAAAGUUUGUCACCACAGCCGUCCGUAAGAGUUGUGCACCAAAAGUGAAGAGGAAAUAUCGCUACCGUCCAGGAACCAUCGCUCUCCGUGAAAUCCGUCGUUACCAGAAUAGCACGGAACUGUUGAUUCGCAAAUUACCGUUCCAACGUUUGGUACGUGAGAUCACCGAGCAAUUCGCGAUGGACAUGCGUUUCCAAGUUUCUGCGGUCAUGGCAAUGCACGCAGCCAGCGAGGCUUACUUGAUCGGUUUGUUAGAAGACUCCAAUUUGUGUGCUAUCCACGCCAAACGUGUCACGAUCAUGCCGAAAGAUAUGCAAUUGGCUCGUCGUAUCCGCGGAGAACGUACUUAAAUUGUAAUUAUUACUAUUAUUAUUUUU